AUGUCUGCCGUCGACGCUAUUGCUGACUCCGUGGCUGCGACCACCAUCUCUGACAAGCCCGAGACCAACGGUGUGACCCCAUCUCAGGCCGCUAACGCGGCUGCCGCCAGCGCGGAUGAGGGUCGCCGUCUAUAUAUCGGAAACCUCGCAUACGCGACCACAGAGGAGGAGCUCAAGGAGUUCUUCAAAUCCUACACCAUCGAGACCACCUCGAUCCCGGUGAACCCCCGCACCAACCGCCCCGUUGGUUACGCUUUUGUGGACAUCGCCACUGCUGCUGAAGCUUCCGCCGCCAUCGAGGCCCUUUCCGGCAAGGAAAUCCUGCAGCGCAAGGUUUCCGUGCAGCUUGCCCGCAAGCCCGAGCCCUCUGAGGCCAAGGAAGGUGCCACUAGCGGUGACGCUGCCAGCGGCGCUGAGGGUCGCAAGCGUGCUGGUGGUCGUGGCCGUGGCCGUGGCCGCGCCCGUGGUCGUGGAGGCCGUACUGGUCGCAGCCGUGCUGCUCAGGAAGGCCAAGAAUCUACCGAGACCGCUACUGAGGAGGCACCCCUUGCCGAAACCACCAACGACAAGGACACUGGCUCCGAUGCUGGCAAGAACCGUGCUGCCCGCCCUCAGAAGCAGCGUGGUCCUCCCGAGGAUGGAAUCGCUUCCAAGACCAAGGUCAUGGUUGCCAACCUGCCUUACGACCUGACCGAGGACAAGCUCAAGGAGAUCUUCGCUGCUUACGAGCCUGUUUCAGCCAAGGUUGCUCUGCGUCCCAUUCCCCGCUUCAUGAUUAAGAAGCUGCAGGCCCGCAACGAGCGCCGCAAGACCCGCGGCUUCGGCUUUGUCAACCUUGCCUCUGAGGAGCUUCAGGCCAAGGCUGUCAGCGAGAUGAACGGCAAGGACAUUGACGGUCGCGUCAUCGCCGUCAAGGUCGCCAUCGACAGCCCCGGAAAGGAGGAUGAGGACAUUAACGCCCCUACCGAUGAGGCACCCGCACCUGCUCAGGAGAACGCCGCUCCUGCCGCUCCCACCGCUCCCGCCGCUACCACUGAGGCUUAA